UUCAUCUACUUUCAAAAAAUCGCUCACCCCCGAGAUGCCGGGUGGCUCUGGGCAGCCGGGCUCACAGACGAUAAAGAAAGGGCACAGAGGAGUGGACUCCACGGGUGAAACUACCUACAAAAAGACAACAUCAUCUGCCUUGAAAGGUGCCAUUCAGCUGGGCAUUACACACACAGUCGGAAGCUUGAGCACUAAACCCGAAAGAGAUGUUCUCAUGCAAGAUUUCUACGUAGUAGAAAGCAUUUUCUUCCCAAGCGAAGGGAGUAACCUCACCCCAGCUCAUCACUACAACGACUUUCGGUUCAAAACCUACGCCCCAGUGGCCUUUCGCUAUUUCCGGGAGCUGUUUGGGAUCCGACCCGAUGACUAUCUGUGCUCGCUCUGCAGUGAGCCCCUCAUUGAACUUUCAAACUCCGGGGCCAGUGGGUCCCUCUUCUAUGUCUCCAGCGACGACGAGUUCAUCAUCAAAACGGUUCAGCACAAAGAGGCCGAGUUCUUACAGAAGCUGCUGCCUGGCUACUACAUGAACUUGAACCAGAACCCAAGGACGCUGCUGCCAAAGUUUUACGGCCUGUACUGUGUCCAGGCCGGGGGCAAAAACAUUCGCAUCGUUGUGAUGAACAACCUGCUGCCACGCUCCGUCAAAAUGCACCUCAAAUACGACCUGAAGGGCUCCACCUACAAACGCCGAGCGUCCCAGAAGGAGAGAGAGAAGGUCUUCCCAACGUACAAGGACUUGGAUUUUAUGCAGGACAUCCCCGAUGGCCUCUUCCUGGACUCUGACAUGUACAACGCUCUGUGCAAAACGUUACAGAGAGACUGUUUGGUCCUGCAGAGCUUUAAAAUCAUGGACUACAGUUUGCUCGUUGCAAUCCAUAACAUCGACCUGGCCCAGCGAGAGCACGCCAUGGCCGACGGGACGUCCCAGACCGACACGCGGCGACCGGCUGCCCAGAAGGCCCUCUACUCCACAGCCAUGGAGUCCAUCCAGGGAGAGGCCCGGCGAGGUGGCACCAUAGAGACAGACGACCAGAUGGGGGGCAUUCCCGCCCGCAACGCCAGGGGGGAGAGGCUGCUGCUCUACAUCGGCAUCAUCGACGUGCUCCAGUCCUACAGAUUUGUCAAGAAGCUGGAACACUCUUGGAAGGCCCUUGUACACGAUGGGGACACCGUAUCUGUGCACAGACCCAGCUUCUACGCCGAAAGGUUCCAACAGUUCAUGUGCAACACAGCCUUCAAGAAAAUACCACUAAAGCCAUCCCCUUCUAAGAAGAGCCGGUCUGGCACAGCGGUUCCUCGGCGGAGCUGCCAAGGAGGAGUGCCUUCCCAGUCGCACGUGUCGUGCGAGACAAAAGCACAAGUGACGACGGAGGCGGACGUAGAGAAAGGUUCCCACCUUGGUCGCCCAGAUCUCCUGCCCAGGACCCUGCCGGCGGACGAAGCCAACAGCGACUCCAUCGUCACCACCCUCUCCACGUCUUCCCUGGGCAGCGGAGGCCUCAACUCGCCCGCAAACAGGUCAGUGGGCGCACAAGUGCAUAAAGCUGACAGCUCAGCAAAGGAUUUGACUAGAGCAGCUCUUGGCAUCUUCCUGUCUAGCGGCUCCCCAGGACCUUCCAUCCCCGAGCCCUCCCCGGAGCUGAGAGAGCAGCUCGAAGACCUGCAGGAGACGGAGAUAAGCUUUUGAAGCAACGCCGAGACCUCCGCGAUGGAAGUAGAUUGUUCUGUGCUCUGCGUGUCUGAUAAACGUUCAGCCCCCGUCGCUGAUUUAUUAUAUUAUUUUUUUUAAGAAAAAAAAACAGAAAAAAAAAAAAAAAAAAACGGAAACCUUAUCUGGACAGAACCCUAAAGGCUGGAAGGCUCGGGCUGCACGUAGUGGGAUAGUGCUCACAGAGACCGAGCUGAGCCUCGGACACCUGGAAAAUUCUCCUUUGGGCAGAGCCCACCCCGUGGCCCUGCUCUCCUCCUCUCUCUGAAGCCUGGCAGGAGCUGAGAGGAGGAGGAGGAGGAGGAAGGAGGAAGAAUUGCUCCGCGUGGCCUGAAGCCCUCUGGAAGGAGGGCUCUGACUUUCAGGGAGUUUACCCGCUUCCGACACCACAAACCUUGUGAGAAAGGGGGGGCUCUUUGGAGUUCCCGGGGGGAAACGGGCAUUAGAGCCUCCUCGGGGCGGUUUGCGACGGAGCAGCGUGGGUUUAUUUUGUAUUUUAAACAAGUUUUUAAUUUAAGUGUUUCUCUGAAUUCAGUCAUAUCACUUCUUA